CUGAAAUUCAUUUCUUCGCAAAAAAAUCCCUAUUUUCUGUAUCCGCAAUCCCUAAAAAUUCCCUAGCUUUGCGUUUGGAUGUUCCUGACUCACAGCUGACAGACAAAAUUUUCAUCAUUUAUUCCUGCUGAAAAUAUCUCUGCAACAUUUGCUUGCGGUCCAUUGGUAAUUACUGCAUUUCUCCCGGGUUAAUUUCGGAAACCCGCAAAAAUGUCGGGUGGGCCGGAAUCCGACCGGUUCACAUCGACGCCGCAUUCUCAGCCUCAGCUGGAUCAGCAAAUUCGCAUGCCCUUCUCCGGAGACGAUAGCUACAGACCUGCGACCGCCCCGCCGUUCCAGGCAGUGGCUAAGGAGGGGGUGAAUUUGAACUCAGGUGAGCAGAAACGGAGGAGGGGCCGGCCAAGGAAAUAUGGGACAGAUGGCAGCAUGGCCAUGGUGAUGGCUCCUGGGCCUGGGACGCAGACGGAGAAUUUAUCACCGGCCCCUUCAACGGAAGUGGCUGUUGGAUCGGCCAAGAAGCCAAGGGGAAGGCCCCCUGGUUCCACCAACAAGAAAAAGCAAAUUGAAGCUAUAGCAGGUUCAAACGGAAUUGGAUUUAUACCUCAUGUAAUCAACGUGGCAGCUGGAGAGGAUGUGUCUUCGAAAGUUGUGGCGUUUUCUCAAAAUGGUCCAAGGGCUGUCUGUAUCCUAUCUGCAACUGGUAAAAUAUCAAACGUGACACUCAGCCUAACUGAUGCAUCUGGUGGAACUGCAACUUACGAGGGGCGAUUUGACAUCUUGUCCCUGUCGGGCUCAUUUAUGGUAUCGGAUGCUGGUGAUCACAAAAGAAGAACCGGUGGGUUAAGCACAACAUUAGCUGGAACUGAAGGAAGGGUGUUUGGUGGUUGCGUGUCUGGUUUGUUAGUUGCACAUUCUCCUGUCCAGGUCAUAGUUGGAAGCUUUCUAGCAGAUGAUCGGAAAGAGCCAAAAUCAGCAAGCCAUAUGGAGCCUUUAUCUGGUCCUCCGAAAGUGAACAUGGGGGGUACGAUCAGCUCGCCAUCACAAGGGACAUUCAGCGAGUCCUCCGGUGGGGCCGCCAGCCCUCACAAUCUGAGCUCCGGUGCUUGCAACAACCAGCCCCAUGCUAUGUCUGGCAUGCCGUGGAAAUGAUCUUGUCUGCAUAAUUUCUGUUUGUCAUCUUAUAACCGUAGCUGUGUAUGUCUUGUUGAAUUCUAGUAUGGUAUGAAUGCACCCAGUAGAAUUAGCUUCUUCCUUGGCUGAGUUGUAGUUUCUUCUUUACCAUGCUUUCUGCUAAUAGUUAACCACCAAAUAUCUGAUUCUCCCUGCUUCA